GUAUCCUUUUUUCUGCCAAACAUUCGAAUCCUCAAGUUGCAUUUGGUGGUGUAAGCAUUAUCUUCUUUGGUGGUUACUUACAAUAUCGAUUUUUCAUUACCAUCCAAAAAGAAACCAAGUAAACUGCCCACAGAAAAAGAAAUUCAACAACGUGUUGCACGUUCUCUAAUUCGUCGAAUUAAGUGUGUGGUAAAACUUACUCAACAGAUGCGAACAGAAGAUCUACGGUACCUUCAACUACUUGAGCGUCUUCGUCAUGGACAAUGUAAUUAUGACGACUAUGAAUUAUUGCUGACACGGGUGGCCGGACAAUCAUCAGUAGGCUCUCUACGUGAUUCACCGUGGAACAAAGCUACGAUCCUCGUGUUCCGAAAUGAAGUACGAACACAAUUCAACAACAAGGCAGCAAUUCACAAUGCUGCUCAAUUAGGCCAAGUCCCGAUUGUAUGUGUGGCUCCAGAUACUUGUAAUGGCAAAUCAAUUGAAGAUCCUAUACUUAUAAAAAAAUUAUUGCACUUAUCCGAUAGCAAGACAGAGCAUUUACCUGGUUUAUUGCCUUUUGUUCCUGGAAUGCCUGUUAUUUUAACGCAAAACAUUGCUAUUGUACUUGGUCUUAUUAAUUGUAUUAAUGGAAUCUUUGGACAAUUGGUUUACCAGGCAGAUUCUGUAUCAACAGAUGUUUUAUCAGAAAUAUUUCCAAAAAAUACACAAUACAUUCAUCGACCGUUAUAUGCUUUAAUAGAAAUUACUAAAUCAAAAACUGAAACCAAUCUUGAAGAACUUCAACCAAAACUUGUUCCAAUACCAAUAACGGAACAAACAUUUCGAGUAGAUAUUUCUGAUAUUCUUCCGAAAGACAAGAAACUGAAAUCAAAUCAAAAAGCAAUUUUAUCGGUUAAACGUCGAACACUACCGCUGGUGCCUGCUUAUUGCAUUACAACACACAAGAGUCAAGGCCAAACUUUAAAUAAAGUCGUGAUCGAUCUUAAACUGCCAAAUGAAGUUGAAGAUAUUGCCGCAGUUUAUGUAGCAUUAUCUCGUGUAAAACGUUUAGUUGAUCUAAUUAUUUUACGGCAAUUUGAUUACAAGGUUUUACUAAUUAAACCAAGUAUAUCCCAAGUCAUCGAAAUGGAAAGAUUGGAUCAACUGUAUUUAGAAACACAAAAAACGUUUUUCUCAGUGGUUUUAAUGAUUUUUUUUAUUGCAUGA